UGAUUGAUCAGCGUAGAAACUAACGUUUCUUGAAAAUUAUUUAGCUUUCGUUAAUAGAAAACUUCAAAAAAUUUACUUUUUAUCUUUUUUAGUAUCUUUAAUUAUUUCUAUCUGUUACAUGUUUUGUCCUAUUGUGAGUAAGAUAAUCACAGUGAUGAUACUGAUGUUUGUUGAGGGAUUGAAUUCUGAACACUAACGUCUUGAAACUUUAAAAGAAUACUGUUAUGACUUUAUGUCCGGCUUUUUAUCACAUGAUUUGCCCACCAAUAAAAAUACGACCUAUACGAUCGUAGCACUGUGCCAAAACAAUGACGUUCCACCGGUAUGAGCAGUCUAGCGUCCUUAUCGGUCCUAUGUUCGCCUAUCCCGUCCACUUGAAUCCAGAACAACAAAAUACCAGCUUCCAAUAUGCGAAUCGAAUCGAAUCAUUUAUUUCAGACAUACUGGGUUUAUAUAUCAACCAAACAGACCUCAGCGCACCAUAAAAUAGGAAAUAACAUUUGUACACAAUAAAGCCAAAAAGUGACUGUGAACGUGGGAGGCAGUAGUCAAUAAACUGAACAUAACUUAAGAACAGUAAACCGUGCGAUAAUAAAUUAUAGGUCAGAAUAAGGCUUAUAAUAAUAGGAAUAUAAAUAUACAUAAUCUAAUUAUUGAAUAGUUAUACCAUAAGAAUGUACGGAUAAUAUUAGUCAAUUAAUACGUCUUAGAAGUUACUGGUUAUUUAAUCUUCGCUCGGACAUAACAAAUACUUUCAUAAAUUAUUAUGCUGUCAAUGUAGUUGAAUAAUAAAUUCAGUGUUAUACAACAAAAUUUCACUUUAGAAGUGUACAUUUCCCAGAUUCUUGUUCAGUUGAACAUUAUUACUGUAUUAACGGGACAUAGAUUAGAUUGAAGUAUGCUCUAUGCACGAUUGCGUUGCUGCACGUUGCUUGACUAAUUCUUAACUUAUCAACGCUAGUCGAUACUUGGUGAACACCGUACUAACGUUAUAACUAUUGUGCUUCUUACUUCCAUCUAAUCUUCUUAUUUGAAUAUAAUCUCUUUUCUGUUCAACCAUGUUCUGAUUUGAAGACAUGUCGAGUGAAUUGGUGUCCAAGAACACUGAGCAAUAGAAAUAACUGGGUUGUAAUAAGAUAGAAUUAUAACACACUGGGCUUUACAUAACGGAAAUUAUACAUGGAACACAGAAGAGAGUAUAUACUUAUCAAAACGGGUUUUGUGGAGAUUUUAGAAAUUUUAAUAGUUGAAAUCAUGAGUCAUUUGAAGCUAGACCACCAUGGAAAAUCUGGAAGCACUGGACGGCCGUUUCCUUUUAGUAUGGGACGCCUCCUUAGCAGUGCGCAUCCACGAUCCCCCCUCAAGAUUCGAACCCGGGACCUAUCAGUCUCGCGAGCGAGCGCUAAUGAGAAGCCGUUACCAGUUGAGUUCAACCAGGUCUUUUGUGAGAUAUCAGCUCACUGAAGACAUUGGUGUACGGUGGCGUAAUUUCGUGAAGAGUAUAUACUUAAUUAAUCAACUUUACCAAACAUUAAAAAAUUCAUUGGAUUCCAUGAUGUUUUAGGAUGCAAAGAUAAGAAAGAAGAAAAAUAAUUACAUCAUAAAAUGCCUAAUUACUUUUCGAUUGAAUUUAUACCUUCUUGGUAUAAUCAGAAGGUAUACAUUAUUGAAAUUAUAGCACUAUUUGGUACGACAUUAGUUCACAUUUAUUGUCUAAUUGAUAUAAACAUUUAAGGGUCUAGUAACUGUCGUAAUUUUGGUGAUAAGAAGCAUUUAAGUUGGGCAUUUCAAUUAUAUGAAAUGUCCGCAAAAGUCAGAGGAUUGUUAUAAUGAAAGUAGUUUAUUUAUCACUGCAAUUAGUUGAAACAUCUUAAUUUUUAGGCAUGACUACAACCAGCUGUCAUCCUCGUCUUGGUUACGAAUGUGCCAAAAUAAUGGCUGAUCAUUAUCCAGAGCGCCUUGGUUUAGCAAUCUGUGUUCAUCCGGGACCUGCAUUCAAAGUUGCUUGGCAAGCAAUUAAACCAUUCUUACCACAGACAACAGUAUCAAAAGUUUGCUUUAUUAGAAAAACGUGUAAUUGGUUAAUAACUGAAGUAAAAUUCAACAGAUCAAGACAAACAACAACCAAAUACCGACCAUUUUGGUUACCUCCAAAAGAUUCCGAUGAUAAACAUGAUCCCAGAGGUGAUCCGAUAUAUGUCCGUGAUUGGCUUGUAUUGAAUCAUCCAACUCAACAUUUACCACACCCAAAUAUUGUUGAUUAUAUGCUUGGAUGUUUAAAUUCACUUAAUUAUGAAAAUGCAUUAUGCUCUAAUCAUCUGGUUGAUAAUAAUUAUGACUUAACAGAAAAGGGAUUUGGUGAUUUUGAAGAACAUGAAAAUGAUGAUGAGGAGGAGGAAGAACUUACUAAUAUGCUUGCUGCAGAAAUACCAAAAGAAUUUAUGAUUCCUGAAAAUGCAGAAAAGUUAACAUAACUUAUUAUAUUACAUUAAAAUAUUUAUAUUCUGUUGGCUCGUUCUCAUCUUUUUAACACACUUGUCAUUUUAUACCACUAAACGAUAAUAUACAAAUCAAUAAGAGAUGAGUUCUCAGGGUUAGACAAUGGAAAGUUU